GAAAUUGCAAUUUCCAACAAUGACAACGACGACGACAGCUGGUACCUUUCGUGCUUACUCGCGGCACAUUGCACUUGGCGAUACUGUUAUUGCAUAUUCUAGCCCAAAGACCAUAACCUACAUAACCGUGACCGCAGACGGGGAGUUUUGCAAUAGCUAUGGCGGAUUUCCUCACAGUUCGAUGAUUGGAAAAGAGUGGGGUUCCAAGAUGCCAUCAAAGACUGGCAAAGGCUUCAUCUACCUUCUUUAUCCUACCCCUGAACUCUGGACCCUCAGUCUUCCUCACCGGACCCAAAUUUUAUAUCAACCCGACAUUUCAUUUGUGACAGCUCUCCUCGACCUCCGACCUGGUGUGAAAAUGAUCGAAGCUGGAACCGGAUCUGGAUCGUUCUCCCACUCCAUUGCCCGCACAAUUGCGCCCACUGGGCACUUGUAUACAUUUGAGUUCAGCCGAGAUCGAUAUGAAAAAGCCAAUUUGGAAUUUUCCGAACACGGGUUAGGCGAUAUCAUCACCAUACAGCAUCGGGAUGUUUGUGUGGAUGGGUUCGAUAUGAGCGAUAUGGUGGACGCAAUAUUUUUAGAUUUACCUGCACCGUGGGAUGCCCUUGGCGCGGCCAAAAGGGCAUUCAAGCGCAAGAAAGUGGGUAGAAUAUGUUGCUUCAGCCCCUGUAUGGAGCAAGUCUUGAAGACGUGCACCGCAUUGAAGGAACUAGGGUUUGUCGAGAUACAAAUGUAUGAGGUUUUGCUACGACCCUACGAUGUGAGAAAGGUUCAGAAGCGGUCAUUUCCAAAGUUGGGCGAUGCAAAGAAGGGUAAUGCGGGAGCCGAGAAGAAGCGUAAAGCAGCUGAAGCUGUCUCUGAUUCGGAUGUACCAGGUGGUGAAAAGACGUCUGGGGAGGAUCAUACCACAACAUUGCAUGUACCCCUGAAUGAAGAACUCAUCACCAGCAAACCACAAGCUGAAGUUCGGGGGCAUACGUCGUAUUUAACUUUUGCUACGCUGCUACCUCAAGAAUUGCCAGUGAGGCGUUAAGACGAAAAGUAGUCUCAAUGCCAGUAUGUAUAUAUAGAUCCAUAUCUCCUACUAUCAUGCAAGAGGCUCUUGGAAUAUACUAUUUAAGGUUUUAAGUCGGCUAAUCUAUCAUGUAAUGCUACCUCUUAGAUAAUGAUGGAUUUCCUGCUACUCAUGUUGCCCG